CACACACACACACACACACACACACAUAUCAAUGUUAAAAUUCAAUGAUAAUCAAAAUCGAUACCAUUUGAGAUUUAAUACGACUUUGUGUUACAUGUGUGUUGUUAAUUCUGUGUUGUGUGAUUGAUAUAGUUUUUUUUAGCAAGGAUAAAAAAAAUGAUGAUGAUGAUGAUGAUGAUGUAUAAAGACCAGGCAAAAGUUCGUGUUCUCAUCACAUACAUCAUAUCAUGGCUAUUUGUUGCCAAUUUUAUAAAUGCUUUUGAUCUAUCCGCUAUAAUUCGCCAACCAGAACCUACAGAACCAAUUUUCGGUGCUGAAAUCAAUAUCGGAUCGGUGGAAAUAAAUGAUCCAAAAUGUGACAAAGCAAUCACACCAUAUUUACAAGAAUGUAAAGAUAUCUAUCAUGAAAAGAUUACCAAUGUUGCAUUAGAGUUUGGCAGUAAUUUUCAGACAGAAUCGGUGAAAAAAACCUCUUGCUGUGGUAUUUGGGAAGCAAAACAAUGUGCAAUCGAUGCUGCCAAUAAAUUGGAUGAAUGUGGCCAUAAUAUAAGUGCACUUUAUGCAAGUUUACCUUCUGAUCCAAAAAUACGUGACGAUGUUUUUGACAAAUGUUCUGAAUAUCGUGAACAUUCUGCCAUUUGUAGGCCACAAUCAUCAUCAUCAUCGUCAAUGUUUAGUUUACAUACAUUAAUAUGUUUUAUUGUGAUAACCUUAUUCAUAACUGUUUGUGCAUUGAUUUUGGCCAAAGUAUUGAAAAGACGGAUGCGGCAAAACAAAAGAAAUCAAUCCAAUCAUGAAUCAUACGACAUGGUGGUGGCGGUGGCCACCAAACAAGAUUUUAAAAAUACCAAAGAUGACGAUUUUGAAAGUAAUGACGAUGAAUAAUGGACAACAGAAAAAAAAACAUUUACAC